ACUUUAAAGAAAUGUAUAAAUAACACACAUUCUUUCGAGAGAAAACCUAUCAUCAUAAACUUACGCGAAUUAGUGUACGAACGGGAUAAAAUUUAGUUUUUAAGUAUAAAGGAUUCGGAUUGUUUCAAGUUGUUUUAAAAUUAUUCUUAACUGAUAAAGGAAAAUAUUUGGUACUAGAUUCAAGAUAGGUCUAUAACAAAUAGUUACAUUUGAAUAUGCUGUUGUUUGGUAAAGUAUCAGUCCUUCUUUUCGGUGUAAAUGUAUUUGGUAUGACGAGUUCAACAAAGGAAUUUGAUCGCCUAAAGUUAAGGGUCAAACAUUUAGAAAAUAGACUUAAUACCGAAUUUUCGUUUAGAGACGAAGAUAUUGCUGAAAUUACAGGACGGCUAGAUGACAUAGAUAAAGUGCUAAAUGCUACAGCUGGAAAAGAACAGCCCAUUCCUACAGCAUCAAAAGCUGGUGACAUUGAUUUUAAAACUGUGGAUAUAUUGAAAGAGGAUUUAGCUAGACUAAGGGCAGCCUUCACUGCGGAAAAAACUGAGACUAUAAGGUUUCGACGGGAAAUUCCAGAGAUUGAAAACAAUUUGACAUCCCUCAACAAAGAUGUUAAAGAUUAUUGCAAAGUUGCCGUUAAUUACACUGAUCAAUUAAUAACCAGUUUUGAAACUGUCAAACAGUCGGCUGAAGAAAACAUAUUUACAUCCGCAAAUGACCAAAAAGUGUUACAAAAAAUAUCUGAACAGGUGCAACUAAACACCGACAAUGAUAAGAAAAUGUCUAAACAAAUUGAAAACAUUGAAACUCUUGUAACUAACUUAUAUUCUCAAAUAGGUUACUUAUUUCGGGGCCCCUCCUGUCGUUCUCUUAGAGCAAUUGAUAAAUUACAAAAUGGAAUAUACAAAUUGCGGCAAGAAGUUGAAGUUUACUGUGACCAAACUACAGACGGCGGGGGCUGGAUAGUAUUUCAAAGAAGACUGAAUGGAGAAACAGAUUUUUAUCGUACCUGGGCUGAAUAUAGAAACGGCUUUGGUGAUCUAGAUGGUGAGUUCUGGCUUGGUAAUAAAUAUUUGAGUCUACUGACAUCAGAUAGCGUAUACGAACUUCGAAUAGAGAUUGAAGAUUUUGAGGAAAACAGUGCCUAUGCUAAGUAUAGUAAGUUCAAGAUAUACCCGGAAGAAGAUAAUUACAAACUGGAGGUGAGUGGAUACAGUGGAACUGCUGGAGAUUCUCUUGCCUUUCAUAAUGGAAUGAUGUUCUCAACUUAUGACAGAGACCAUGAUACAUAUUCUUCGGGCAAUUGUGCAAAAGCUCGUCAUGGUGCGUGGUGGUAUAACUAUUGCCAAUUUUCCAAUCUAAAUGGACGGUAUUAUAACCUGCGUGGUAAAUUAAAUAAUACUGGAAUUACCUGGUAUUAUUGGAAGAAUACUUACUACAGUUUGAAAAAAGUAGAAAUGAAAUUCCGUUAACAUGAUAAACUUAGAU